AUGUCGAGCUCAUUCGAGGUCAUUCCUCCUUCGGUUCCAGCCCUUGAUAUCUACAGCCAGGGCAAACCUUACCUCAAAAGCAAGAACUACUCGGCUAUGGUUCACCAGGCUACGAACACCCUUACUGUUCGUGAUAGGAAAGACCACGGCCGCCGAAGGCGGGUCAUCCAACAGGGCUUGUCCGACGCAACCCUUCGAGCCUUCGAGCCCUACAUGUACGAGAUCAUCAACCGUUUCUGUGACCGCGUCAUCCAAACCGUAGAAGAGGAGAACACUGCCAAGGCCAAUGGCGAGUCUACCGAAACCUUCAAGGACCAGAACUGGAAGAACCCAAGGAACAUGUCGGAGUGGUGCAACUACCUCGCAUUCGACCUCAUGGCAUCCUUUAUCUUCUCCGGAAAGUACAACAUGCUCGAAAAAGAACAGUACCGAUAUGUUGUUCAGGUCAUCGAGGCCUCGAACAUUCGCGUGGCUUCCAUUCUUCAAGCUCCCAUCCUAAAGAUGUUCCGUAUGGAUAAGCUUCUCUUCCCUCAAGCCAUUGUCGCUCGCAACGUUUUCCUCCGUUUCGUAGGCAAGCUUCUCCGUGAUACUAAAAAGAACGACCGUACUCAGCGUAAAGAUCUUUUUGAGAUGCUUUCCCACGCAAAGGACCCGGAAUCUGGGAAGGGAUUCACUCCAGAGGAAAUCAUUGCUGAGAGUACAACACUCGUCGUUGCUGGUGCUGACACCUCUGCCACUGCUAUGGCCGCAAUCUUCUUUUACCUUAGCCGUAACCCAGAUGCCUACGCCCGCGCCUCAGCUGAAGUUCGAUCUACAUUCAACAGCCUCGAGGAAAUCCAGGGUGGUUCCAAGCUCAACAGCUGUCGCUACCUUCGCGCUUGCAUUGAUGAGGCUAUGCGCAUGUCACCAUCUGUCGGACAAGCCCUCUCUCGAGAAGUGCCAGCUGGUGGCGCGAUUGUCGAUGGCGACUUUAUUCCUGGAGGCUGUGACGUGGGUGUCCCAAUCUAUAGUAUUCACCACAAAGAGGACUACUACCCGGAUCCGUUCAACUACAACCCUGACCGAUGGCUUGUCGAGAAAGAUUCAUCACAACAGGUCAUGGAUCAAUACGCUGCAUACAAUCCUUUCUCAGUCGGUCCAAGAAGCUGCAUGGGCAAGGGUGUGGCGCUCGUCGAGAUGAUGGCGACGUUCGCUGUGGUGCUCUACAGGCUAGACUUCAAAAUGGCUGCAGCUGACGUUGCUGGUGGCCGACCUGGAAAGGAGUUUGGCAGGCACCGAUCAGAUGAGUUCCAGUUGAGGGAUCACAUCACAUCGGCCAAGGAGGGCCCAAUGCUGCGGUUCCGCCCACGCAUUAGUGCAUAA